GAAACACCUAGAAAACUCUCUAAGCAUCUUCGAAGAUCACACGGUUCAGAGGCUAAGUUAUAUCUCCUUCGUCUCCUGUUCAGCUAGCGGAGUUUUAAUCUUUAUCCCGAAAUGCCCUUUAGACACAAGAGAAGUCUCUUAUGAUAAUCUUGUCCUUGACCUAUCUACACAUCUUACAAUGUUGGCGCGAAGACAGCUCUUAACGUCCGCGCGGCGGGUAGCCGAUGUUACUUCCAGCACAGCGUUGUCAAGAGUGGCCCUGCUCGCCACAGCUAGGACACUCACACGAACCUCGACCCCAGUAACGGCGAUACGAUCAUAUGCAAAUGGCGCCAGGCCACAUCCCCCAGGUGGCACGCAUCGCAUGAAUCUUGGUGGCGAGCCCGAGAAGCCGGCUUUGGAGCAAUUCGGCAUCGACCUCACAGCAAGGGCGAAGGACGGAAAGCUCGAUCCCGUCAUUGGAAGAGACUCUGAGAUUCAACGCACCAUACAAGUAUUGUCACGACGAACGAAAAACAACCCUGUUCUGAUAGGCAAUGCUGGAACAGGCAAGACCGCAGUACUUGAAGGUCUUGCUCUGCGCAUCACGCGAGGAGACGUACCAGAAAGCAUCAAGAAUAAGAGAGUCAUAUCCUUAGAUCUUGGGUCGCUCAUUGCGGGUGCCAAGUUCCGUGGUGAUUUCGAAGAGCGGCUGAAAAAGGUCUUGAACGAGGUGCAGCAGGCCAACGGGGAGGUCAUCCUUUUCAUCGACGAGCUACAUACGUUGCUUGGCUUGGGCAAAGCUGAAGGUUCAAUUGAUGCCUCAAAUCUGCUGAAGCCUGCCCUGUCACGAGGCGAGUUACAAUGCUGUGGUGCGACGACCCUCGCAGAGUAUCGGCUGAUCGAGAAGGAUGUUGCUCUCGCAAGACGCUUCCAGCCCAUACUCGUAAACGAACCGACUGUUGAGGACACAAUCAGUAUUCUGCGUGGCAUCAAGGAAAAAUACGAGGUUCACCAUGGCGUCAGAAUAACGGAUGGUGCACUCGUAGCAGCCGCGACAUUGUCGAACCGAUAUGUUACGGACCGAUUCCUCCCGGACAAGGCAAUCGAUCUGAUGGAUGAAGCAGCGAGCUCACUUCGUCUACAACAAGAAAGCAAGCCCGAAGACAUCAUGCGACUAGACCAAAAGAUUAUGACGCUGCAAAUCGAACUAGAAAGCCUGCGCAAGGAAAAGGAUGUAGCCAGCCGUGAGCGCCGGGAGAAGCUCGAAGCGGACCUGAAGAAUUACCAAGAUGAAGCCAAGACCCUGACCGAGAGGUGGGAGAAGGAGAGGGGCGAGAUCGAGUCUCUCAAGAAAGUUCAGGAGGAGCUCGAUAAGGCCCGAAACGAGCUGGACCAAGCACAGCGUAAUGGCAACUUCGCCCGUGCCUCGGAAUUGCGGUUCGGUGUGAUUCCCAACUUGGAACAGAAAUUACCAAAGGAUGGGGAAGAGUCGUCAGGUGUCGAUGGUCAAGAUACUCUGAUCCAUGACUCGGUUGGCCCUGAUGACAUUGCCAACGUUGUCUCAAGAAUCACGAGUAUUCCAGUGACCAAGCUCACUUCUGGUCACGUUGAGAAAUUGGUUCACAUGGAGGAUACGCUACGAGAAUCAGUCCGCGGACAAGAUGACGCGCUGAAGGCAGUCGCCGAUGCCGUACGCAUGCAGCGCGCCGGUCUCAGCGGUGACAACCGACCUCUAGCUUCAUUCUUCUUUCUCGGGCCCACGGGUGUUGGCAAAACCGAGCUUUGCAAGAAGCUUGCCAACUUUCUAUUCUCUACGGAGCAAGCCGUAGUGCGUUUCGACAUGAGCGAGUUUCAGGAGAAGCACACUAUUUCAAGGCUCAUCGGUGCUCCUUCGGGCUAUGUUGGCUACGAGGAUGCCGGCCAACUCACCGAGUCCGUACGCCGGAAACCAUAUGCAGUUCUGUUAUUCGAUGAAUUCGAGAAAGCCCACCGGGACAUUUCGGCACUCCUGCUCCAAGUACUGGACGAGGGUUAUCUGACGGACGCACAAGGCCACAAAGUCGACUUUAGGAACACUAUCAUCGUGCUAACUUCUAACCUGGGUGCUGACAUCCUUGUCGGUGCCAAUCCCAUGCACCCGUACACGGAAACACCAGAUGGCGAGAUUAGCUCUGACGUUCGGACAGCCGUCCUGGACGUAGUUGCUUCUAAUUACCCACCCGAGUUCCUCAACCGCAUUGACUCUUUCAUCGUCUUCAAACGCUUGUCCCUGAAAGCUCUGCGAGACAUUGUUGACAUCCGUCUUAAAGAACUCCAAGCUCGACUCGAUGAUCGGCGUAUCACCCUUAACGUGGAUGGGAAGAUCCGCGACUGGUUGGCAGAACGUGGUUACGAUCCCAAAUUUGGUGCGAGACCACUGAACCGCCUCAUCACAACAGAAAUUGGCAAUGGACUUGCAGACAAAAUCAUUAGGGGCACACUGAAGAGGGGUGACACUGCUGGCGUAAGAAUCAAAGAGGAUAACUCCGGUUUAGAAGUUUUCGCAGAGCAAUCUGCUUAAUUCUUCCCAUGGCGUUACAUAUUAGGGGCGUGCUUAUGAGUUACGUUUAUUUGUACCAAUUUCCAUGUAUAACGCUGUACAGUAUGGGAUGUAGUUACUCUUCUUAGAUACCAGAUUGGACGAUCAUCCGCAAAUAGGUCGUCUGAUGGGGUUUGACACAUGUAUGUAUGAACAGGCCACUCAAUCAAUGAUAUGUAUAUUCCUUUG